CCCUUCAUUUCCGUUUCAAAACACUUCCAAUUUUUCUCUUCUUUUGCUCCCGAAGGCACCCAGGGUUUUUUCUUUUCUGUUCGGCCAGUUCUCUGUUUCGAUCAAUUCUUAUUUUAUUUUUUUCUUUCUAGAAAUUAUUUUCCCUCUCAAUUUCCUUAUAGAGAUCACAAUCUGUGUUAGGAUUAUAGUGUUUUUCUUUGUCUUGAAAUGGAGUUUGUGGGGAAAACUGUCAAGAAAGAGGUGAAGGGGUUUGGGGUUAUCUCGGGAACUGUGAAAUCUUACGACCCUUCCUCUGGGUUUGUCGAGAUCCUUUACGAAGAUGGUGAUUCUGAGGAGUUGGAAUCCUCUGAGGUCGCUUCCAUCUUGGAAUUUCAGCCGGAGCUUGCCAAGGCUAAGUCUCGGGUCGGUCGGAAGCCCAAAAAGCGGCGUCGUGUUGACCGGAAGUUCGAAACCGGAGCUGCUUCAGGUAAUGUUAGGGAGAAUUUGGGGGCGGAGGGUAGUGAAUUUAGGGGGAUUUUGUAUGAGAAUGCUUCUGAUGGUGGGAAUUCGGUAGUGUGUGGUGAAUUAGGUUGUGGAAUUGAGAGGGGCUCGAGUGAGGGAAAUGGGAAUGGAGGGAAUGUUAUGUGUAGUGUGAAUGCGGGUGUAAUUGAAAACGGGAGUGAAGAAACUUUAGGAAAGGAAAUUGUGUUUGAAGAGAAUUUGAAUAGGAGUGUCUCUGCUAAUGGGAAUUGUGUUAUAAAUGGGCUUGAUUUGAAUGCUAGGCUUAAUCUGAACGAGGAUUUUAAUCUGAAUGACGUGUGUAGUUCGCCUGUUAACACUGAGGGUUGUUUGAAGAGAAGAGAUUGUAUUGAUUUGAAUUUGGAUGUGAAUAACGAGGACGAUGCCAGCCUGAAUGCGGGUUAUUUGGGUUGUUCUGGAGGGGAAACAUGGCAGCGGGAAUGUAAUUUUGAUUUGAAUGUGGAGGUAUGUGAAGAAGUUAAGGAAACUCAGGGUGAUGCUGCUGGAAAGGGACAUUCUGAGGUAGGUGCUUUGUUCGGCAAGACGGGGAAGCUCCAAGAGGAAAUGGAAAAUGUUAAUCAUAUAUCUAUAGAAGAAGACGGUGUUCAUGGUAACUCAAAUGAUGUCUUGGAUGCUGUCAAAGUGGAGGUAAUUCAUGUUUCUGCUGAGCAUGCGGCUAAAGAUGCUUCCUUGUGUUUGAUUGCGGAAAAGGAAGGAGAUGAUGGCAAAGAAGGUGCAGAAGCUAUUGAUUCUCUUCAGGUUUCACAUGCUAAUUCUGUGAGGGAUUGUGAUUCUGUGGAGGUUCAGCAUAUGGGUUGUCCUUCUGAAGCUGGUUUUUCCAUAAUUCAUGAAUACCAAGAUGAUCCAGGAAGUCCAUGCAAACAUGGAAGUAGCCGAAGGAAGAGAAGAAAACUAUCAGACAAUCCAAAAACCACCCCAGAGACGGUUUUAAGGAGGAGUUCUCGCAGAGCAUUAGCUAGAAAACAGGUUUCUAGCACCAUAUCAUUGCAGGUGACAGAUGAUCCUUUGUUGUCAUUGGGAACCAGUGCCUUGGCAGAAGAAAAACCUGUAAUUUCUGGUUCUGAGAAAGAUGAACAGUGCAGUGUUUCACUGCCAAAGCUGCAAUUACCCCCUUCUUCUCAAAAUUUGAGUUUAGAUGAUGUUCCUGUCCUUGAACUUUUUUCUAUUUACGCUUGUUUAAGAUCAUUCAGUACUUUAUUAUUUUUGAGUCCAUUUGAGUUGGAGGAUCUUGUAGCUGCACUGAAGUCUGAAAACCCAAGUAUACUAUUUGACAGCAUUCAUGUUUCUAUUUUGCAAGCUCUGAGAAAGCAUUUGGAAUACCUUUCCAAUGAGGGUUGCCAAUCUGCAUCCAAUUGCCUGAGAAAUCUUAACUGGGAUUUCUUGGACCUGGUCACAUGGCCCAUUUUCAUGGCUGAGUACCUUCUGAUUCAUGGUUCAGGAUUUAAAACUGGUUUUGAUCUUAACCACUUAAUGUUCAGAACUGACUACUACAAACAACCUGUAAUUGUGAAGGUUGAGAUUCUUCAGCACCUGUGUGAUGACAUGAUUGAAGUGGAAGCCAUAAGGUCAGAGCUUAACAGAAGAUCUUUGGUAACUGAGACCGGUAUGGGUUUUGAUCAGAAUAUGUAUUUUGACACUUGCAAGAAAAAAAGAGCUGUAAUGGAUGUGUCUGGUGGCUCUUGCUUGACUGAGCAGAUCGUGGAUGACACAACUGACUCGAACAGUGAUGAAUGCUGCCUUUGCAAGAUGGAUGGGAGUUUAAUAUGCUGUGAUGGUUGCCCUGCUGCAUUCCACUCAAGGUGUGUGGGCAUUGAAAGUGACAAUCUGCCUGAAGGUGACUGGUAUUGCCCUGAGUGUGCAAUUGGUGCACACAAUGCUUUGAUGAAAUCACGAAGGUCACUUCGAGGAGCAGACUUAUUAGGGAUUGAUCUUCAUGGCUGUCUUUAUUUUAGCAGCUGUGGUUACCUGUUGGUGUCAAACUCAUCUGAUGCGGGUUCCUCGUUCAAUUACUACCACAAAAAUGAUCUACAUGUAGUAAUUGAAUUUCUAAAGUCUAUGGAUACUUUAUAUGAAGGCAUAUUAAUGGCUAUCUACAAACAUUGGGAUAUCCCUUCUGACAUAUGUGCAGGUGCUAGUAACUUGGCAGUCUUUAAUAAAAGUUCCUGCAAGAACAUGCUUAUGAAGGGAGAAUAUUCUGCUGUGAAUGCAUGCUUAGCACCUUUUCCUUCUUCAGAAACAUGUUUGGACAAUAGUCGGGCUGACGAUCAAAGGAAGUUGGAUGAAAACUCAACUAUUGAUUGUUGUAAUCAUCCUGGUCAUGAGUUUCCAAAAGCUGGGAACCGCUUAGACUCAAUGACAACUAUAGAAAGUCCUUGUGUUGCUUCAGAAGGAUCAGCUGAUACCACACAAAUGAGAUCAGGCACAGAGAAUGUUCCAAUGCAUGGGCUUUAUGAUUCCAAUAGAUCUGAUGAAUCCUUGGAUCAGUCAGGAAUACCAGGAAAACACCAUCUCAUUGGUGACUGUUCUUUGACAUCUUCAAGCUUAGAUGUGGGACGUAAAAUAAACUUAAGAUCUGUAGGUGCUAGUGGUACCCCCUCCGUGGACAAUAAGGAUACUUCAGAAUUACCUUGUGGGAUUGACUACACAAAUUAUUACAGCUUUGCCCGAAUGGCCUCAUUAGUUGCACAAGAGUUGAUGUGUAAGUCACCUGAAAAGAUGAAUAAGAGUUUUGCGAUGUCUGAAGAAGAAAUAGUUUCUGACCAAGCAAAAGCCAUUAUGAAGAAAUGUACUAACUUUUGUUGGCCAAGUGUUCAAAACCUGAAUGCAGCUGCCCAAAAGGAAAAAUGUGGGUGGUGCUUUUCUUGCAAAGUUGCAAAUGAUGACAGGGAUUGCUUGUUUAUUUCUGUGGUGAAACCUGUUUUGGAAGUGUCUAAAAGUGCUUUAGUUGGGCUUCAACCCAGGAAGACCCAGAAUGGACAUCUUAGAGAGAUCAUAUGUCUUAUUCUCUCCCUUGAGGUUCGAUUACGUGGACUUCUGUUGGGUCCAUGGUUGAAUCUGCAACAAGCUGAUCUUUGGCAAAAGGAUCUUUUGAAGACAUCUGAUUUUCUUCCUGUUAAAAGAUUAUUGCUUCUUUUAGAAUGCAAUUUGCGGCUUCGUGCACUUUCAGCAGAUUGGUUAAAGCAUGUGGAUUCUGGUGUUACUAUGGGAUCAGCUACUCAUGUUGUGGUCAAUACAUCACGCACAUCUUCAAGGCAUGGUAUUGGAAGGAAAAGGGCUAGGUAUUCAGAUAUUGAAUCAUCUUCAAACGCUACCGGUGGUUUGGGAAUGUAUUGGUGGAGAGGUGGUAGGCUUUCCCGAAAAUUGUUUAAUUGGAAGGUUUUGCCUCGCUCAUUGGUUACGAAGGCCGCUAGACAAGCUGGUUGUGUGAAGAUACCAGGCAUUUUAUACCCUGAGAAUUCAGAUUUUGCAAGGAGAAGCAGAUAUGUUGCCUGGCGAGCUGCUGUUGAGAUGUCAACAAGUGUUCAGCAGCUUGCUUUGCAGGUUAGAGAGCUUUAUUCUAACAUAAGGUGGCAUGAUAUUGAGAAUAACCAUCCUCUAUAUAUGUUAGACAAGGAAUCUAGAAAAUCGAUCAGGCUGUUCAAAAAAGCAAUUGUACGCAGGAAAUGCACUGAAGGGAAAUCUGUGAAGUACCUUCUUGAUUUUGGGAAGAGAAGGACUAUUCCAGAUAUUGUUAAUAGACAUGGUACUUUGUUGGAACAAUCCUCAAGUGAGAGGAAAAAAUAUUGGCUGGAUGAGUCUUAUGUUCCCUUGCAUCUUUUAAAGAAUUUUGAGGAAAAAAGAAUUGUCCGUAAGUCCAGUGAUAAGAAACUAGGAAAAAUUCUUGAGAUUGGUAGAGUGAACAAGAGGGUUCCUCAACAAAGUGUAUUUCCAUAUUUGUUUUCUAGAAUGGAAAGAUCUGAUUGUCAUCAGUGUGGGCACUGCAACAAAGAUGUUCCAAUCAGGGAUGCUGUGAGCUGCCUUUAUUGCAAAGGAUAUUUCCAUAAGAGGCAUGUCAGGAAAUUGGGUGGCACAAGAACUACUGAAUGCACAUAUUCAUGUCACAGAUGCCAGGGUGGGUUGCGUGUAAAGACUAAUACUAAUUCUAAUAGAAGGAAAGUUGACUCAAAGCUGCAGAAGAUUCAAUCACAGAAAUGUAAAAAUGUCCCUUCAGUUUGUAAAUCAGUGAACCUUAAAGGCAAUAAAAAGGCAUUGAGUAAGGUGCGACAGGGGAUAUCUCGAACCAGUAAGAAGAUGCCAUCCAGUAUACCUCUUCGCCGUUCUACUAGGAAGGCCAAAUCCUUGUAUCUGCAAAAUCAAAUGAAUGGAGGACGUAAAAAAGGAAUUCAAAGUAAAAAGAAUGUAGGACGUAAAAAAGGAAAGCAAAGUAAGUCCAAGAAGGUGACCUAUCAGAAGCCCAAGGAAACUAAUGGGCAACGUAAGAAGUUGGCAGUAACUAUUGCACGUAAGAAAAGGACAAAAAUCUGUAGCAGUUACUGGCUUAAUGGUCUUCGGUUGUCUAGAAAGCCGAAUGAUGAACGAGUAAUGCUGUUUAAAGAGAAAAAGCAUGUUCUCUCCUCUGAAGAUUUGUCUGGCUCUCUUGAACAUCCUAAAUGCUGCCUUUGCUGUGGAGAUGGAUGUACUUUAAAUUAUAUUGCUUGUGAAAUCUGUGGAGAUUGGUUUCAUGGGGACGCUUUUGAACUCACCGUAGAAAAAGCCAGACAAGUCAUUGGAUUUAGGUGCCAUGUUUGUCGUGAUAGGACUGCUCCAAUCUGCCCCCAUAUGAAGAGUAACGGAUUGUCUCACGCUGAAAGCAAUGCUGCAACUGAGUGUGCAGAGGAAUUAUCUAAUCCUGUUUCUCUCCAACCUUUGAGUAAGAUCCGUUGCAAUUAAAUACUUUUGGCAGUCAUGGAUGAGAUCUUCACUUUGCGGGGGUUAUGAUACAUUUGUUUUGGUGGAAAGAUGCAUGUUGAGACAGCUAGUUAGUUAGAUAAAUGAGUUUACAGAAAUCGGGUCCAGAUUCUUUAAAGGAAAGAUUUUUCUUCUUUAGUAUGAGCCUAUGAGGAAUGAUUUGGGUUUAGCUGAAAUUGUUGAAUACAGUAGUUGGUGAGGAGCCUUCUAGAGUAUUGAAUCUGCAAGAAAGAAGUGGUUUGAUGAUUUACAUUGAGAGGUCAUGGUUGGACAUUAGAUGCCAGCUUCUUGUGGGGUUGUUUUUCUUCCUGCAGGAUAUGGUGGCACAUGUUUAUUUUUCUAAAAGAAAAAAAAGAAAAAAGAAUGUUCUCAGUUCUAAUUGGACGGGUCGCUGUAGAAGGAAUGAUUACUUGAUCAGGCUUCUGCUCUAUUGCUUUCUAUUUCAACUGUUUUGGAAAGGGAAGGAAGAACAAUGAAACGACAACCAUGUUAGUGCAAAAAGGCUGAAGAUAAUUGUAAUCAGGACACAGUAGAGUAUUAGAGUUCAUACAUCAAUUGCAUUCAUGAUUGUUAUUCUAACCCAUCAGCAUUCAUUGUAGUUGCAUUCUUUAAUGUAGGUCCCCCCCCAGCGAACUGAUUUCUCUGAUGUCUUUUGAAUUUAACUCUUUUUUAAGGAAUGCAGUAUAUAAAUCAUAGCAGGUCAGUACAAGGAAAAAAAAAAAAUCAUAGCAGGUCUCUUAGUAAAGAGACUAUUGCACUCUGAGUAAUGAUUCUGACGGGUAUGCCCGAAAAAUAGAAUCUCGUUGGGUAUCACUGACUAGUUGGAAAUUAUUUUUCCUUUUUUCCCCAAGUUCCAAAGUGUAAUUACUAAGGAUUUAUUUGAAUUUUUUCAUGGUAUGAGAGGGAAAAAAAAAACAAUUACA